AGACGACCUACGUUAUUUAAUUAAUUGCACUAAUUCAUAGUACUACAUAAUAGAAUUAUAACAAAUAGUAACUCAUAAACUCCACAUCUACUCAUCCUCCCUCACCUGAUUAUUACUACAAUCUAUUAUAAUCUUAUCUGGAUUCUUCAGUUACUUUUUGCAAUUUUUAUCUCAUCACAAGGGUUCAAUUUUCACCAAAACAUGAUUAAAAGCUUCCUUGGAUCCAUCUGUGCUUCAGUAUCUUCUAAUUAAUCGGGGUUUUUAGCACUCAAUUCUUCUGGAUUAGUUUAAUUUUUCAUUUUUAUUUGUGAAUCGGAGCUACAAAGAACUAUAAAUCUCAGUGAAUUACGGCAGCUAGCAACUUUAUAAUUGUUUGAGCAGUAAAGUAGUGAACCUCAGGUGGAUCGUGUAAAGUGUUUGAUCAAUUGCUCCAGAGAGAGAAUCACAAAUAUUUGAACGGGAAUGGGGAUUUGCUAUUCCUCAAGUAAAAGCAAGAGCGGUGAUGGGUUAUGGGACAGUAACAGCGAAAGCGGAAGAGCUGAUUCCAAGUUGAGAAAGAACAGCUACAGUGGCGAUUUCAGCACAUUUUUAAGCAAGUUAAGUGGCGGUAUUGGUGGAGGAGGAGGUGAGGAUCGGGCGCUGCAUCAUAUUCCUGGACGGCUUUUAGCAAAUGGCGCAACCUCUGUUGCUUGCUUACAUACUCAACAAGGAAAAAAAGGAACCAAUCAGGAUGCCAUGAUCGUUUGGGAGAAUUAUUGUUCGAGAAGUGAUACAACCUUUUGUGGAGUAUUUGAUGGACAUGGUCCGUAUGGCCAUAUGGUGGCAAGGAAAGUUCGAGAUACCCUUCCACUUCUGCUGCGUUCAGAGUGGGAGGUUAAGUCCAGUGGUGAUCAAUGCAAUGCUUCUGAGAAUGGAAAUGCUAAUGGAGGUUCACAUCUUGAUGACGUCUUGGAUGAUGAUUUGACUGAAGCCGUGGAAGCUGAGAGCAAUGAAAAGUUCCCAGAAAUACAUCUUCCCCUUAAGAGGUCACUAUUAAAAGCUUUCAGAUCAAUGGAUAAGGAACUCAAGUUGCAUCCAUCAAUUGACUGUUUCUGUAGUGGGUCAACUGCUGUUUCCUUGGUGAUGCAGGGCCAGGAUAUAAUAGUUGGUAAUGUUGGUGACUCGAGAGCAGUAUUGGCAACUAGAGAUAAAGACAACUAUUUGAUGGCUGUACAGUUGACAGUAGAUUUGAAGCCUAAUCUUCCAAGAGAAGCUGCUAGGAUACAGAAAUGCAAAGGCAGAGUUUUCGCAUUGCAAGAUGAGCCAGAGGUUGCACGUGUAUGGUUGCCAAACAGUGACUCUCCUGGUUUGGCAAUGGCCAGAGCGUUUGGUGAUUUUUGUCUCAAGGAUUUUGGUUUAAUCUCUGUCCCUGAUGUGUAUUACCACCGCAUUACCGAUAGGGAUGAGUUUGUUGUUCUAGCAACUGAUGGGGUAUGGGAUGUCCUUUCUAAUAAGGAAGCUGUGGAUAUUGUGGCCUCAGCCCCGAAUCGCGCUACAGCUGCCCGAGCUCUUGUUGACUGCGCGACAAGAGCUUGGAGACUGAAGUACCCAACAUCAAAGAAUGAUGACUGUGCUGUAGUAUGCCUUUACCUGGACGGCGUACCUGCACCUAAUGCCAUAGUGACAGAGAAGCAACAUGAUUUGACAAAGGCUCCUGAAGUGGAAAUGAAGACAAUUAUUACAGAUGGCAACUUUGAAAGUGCAGAUGUCGAUACUGUUUCAGUUUCUCAUUUUGCUGUUCUUGAACAUUCAGGUACUACAAAAGAUUCCAGUGAGAUAGUUCCUGUUGAUGAGUCAGUGGAAGAACAGCUUGCUGAUAAGGGUCUUGGCCAGUCUAAGAGAAGCCUAGCUGAGUGCCUUUCAACUGCACAAGAUGAGGAAUGGUCGGCCCUUGAGGGAAUUACAAGGGUUAAUAGCCUUCUUAGUCUUCCUAGAUUCUUGUCUGGUGACAAAAGGUCAGCCAGUUGGAGAAAAUGGUUGUAAGACAUCAAGGCAUGGCGAAUAUAAUUAAGUGAUUUAUAUUAGUGUCUCCGAUGCUGUUCUUCUCAAAGAUUCUGUAAAUCAAAACCUGAUAGGAGCAGUAGUGUAGCUUGCAGCUAAAUAGCCAAAUGGGCUAGAAAAUUGCCCAGAAUGUAAAACAGCUUUUGUGCUUGAUAACUAUUCAAAUUGACAAUCCUUUUUGGUAGGAUAUAUAUUAAUGAUGAUCACAUCUGAAUAUGACGCUAUCUAAGAGGGCUGAGAAAGAAAUGACGUUAUCUUGUGCUGUGUAAUAUUUUGCUUCCACUAUACUCUCUGUACUUGAUAUGGUGGCCUUCUUGUCCAAGGUGGGGUGUCAGGUGCAUUUGGAUUUUGCCAAACAGUGAAGAUUUGUGUUUUAGCAUUGAUGUAGUCUCUUUAUACUUGUAAUAAACUUGAAUAUUGGUAUGGUUCAAAUCAAGGAAAGGUAGUUUUAUUGA